AUGGCCCUCAGCAGUAAAAAAUGGGCACUGUCCAACAGAACUGUCUUGAAACAUUUAUUUCCAAUUCAAAAUGGAAUUUAUUAUUGUGUUCAUCAUAAAUCUACAUAUUCUUCUCUUCCAGAUGACUAUAAUUGCAAGGUGGAGCUUGCUUUGACAUCUAAUGGCGGAACAACAGUCUGCUACCACUUUUCUGUGGGCAUUCUGCAUCAACACACAAAACCCAUCCUUUGGCCAGAUCCUGUGCAUAAUAGUAAAGAAACACAUGACCAAGUGCUGAAAAUCAGAUUAGAAGUAAAAAAUGAACUCAUCGAGCAAGGACCUAUGGUAGAACAACUUAGGCAAAUGUUCUUUACUACCAAGCACCAUUGGUAUCCUCAAGGAGAGUAUCACGGAUAUCAUAGGAAACAGAAUCCUCCAAAAGAAAGAUGA